CUAAGGGCGGGGAGGAAGUCACUCUCUCAGUAUCCGCUCGCUGAGGCCGUUGUCGCCAGAGCCUCCGAUCUGCAACAGUCAUGUUGCCCAACACGGGGAAACUAGCAGGAUGUACUGUCUUCAUCACAGGCGCGAGCCGUGGCAUUGGCAAAGCUAUUGCUUUGAAAGCAGCAAAGGAUGGAGCAAAUAUAGUCAUUGCUGCGAAGACCGCCCAGGCACACCCCAAACUUGCAGGCACAAUCUAUAGUGCUGCUGAAGAAAUCAAAGCAGCUGGAGGAAAGGCCUUGCCAUGUGUUGUUGAUGUGAGAGAUGAACAGCAAAUCAGCAGUGCAGUGGAGGAAGCAGUUGAGAAAUUUGGAGGAAUUGAUAUUUUGGUGAAUAAUGCCAGUGCUAUUAGCUUGACCAACACAUUGGAAACACCUACAAAGAAAGUGGAUUUGAUGAUGAACGUCAACACCAGAGGCACUUAUCUUACAUCUAAAGCAUGCAUUCCUUAUUUGAAAAAGAGUAAAAUUGCUCAUAUCCUCAAUCUCAGCCCACCGCUGAACCUAAAUCCACUGUGGUUCAAACAGCACUGUGCUUACACCAUUGCUAAGUAUGGUAUGUCUAUGUGUGUGCUUGGAAUGGCAGAAGAAUUUAAAGGUGAAAUUGCAGUCAAUGCAUUGUGGCCUAAAACAGCCAUAUACACUGCUGCUAUGGAUAUGCUGGGAGGAUCUGGUAUUGAAAGCCAAUGUAGAAAAGUUGAUAUCAUUGCAGAUGCUGCAUAUUGCAUUUUCAAAAAGCCAAAAAGUUUUACUGGCAACUUUAUUAUUGAUGAAAAUAUCUUAAAAGAAGAAGGAAUAAAAAAUUUUGAUGUCUAUGCCAUUACACCAGGCCAUCCUUUGAUACCAGAUUUCUUCCUGGAUGAACAGCCAGUUAUAGUUACCAAGAAACCAGCAACACAUGGUGCUCUUCCAGAAUUGAAAGAAGAGGAGGCGCAGCCACCACCAAAACCACGUUCUGGAGCUGUGGAAGGAACAUUUAGAAUUGUUAAGGACUCUCUCAGUGAUGAUGUUGUUAAAGCCACUCAAGCAAUCUAUCAGUUUGAACUCUCAGGUGAAGAUGGUGGAACAUGGUUUCUUGAUCUUAAAAGCAAGGGUGGCAAUGUCGGAUAUGGAGAGCCCUCUGAUCGGGCAGAUGUGGUGAUGAGUAUGUCUACUGAUGAUUUUGUAAAAAUGUUUUCAGGGAAACUAAAACCAACAAUAGCAUUCAUGUCAGGAAGAUUGAAGAUUAAAGGAAACAUGGCCCUAGCAAUCAAAUUGGAGAAGCUAAUGAAUCAGAUGAAUGCCAGGCUGUGAAGAGAAAAAAAAAUGUUGACCACUAAGCUCAAAAAGUAAAAGGGUUCAAUAGUUAAAAUUGAAUGUUUGUUUUCAUUCCUAUUAUAUUAUAAGGAUAUGCAUGUUUGUUCUGGAAAAAAUAGAAUUUCUAUAUCUAUAAGACUUGAAAUUGUAAUUAAAACAGCUAGCCAACCAAACAUAAGCAUCAUUAAGUAGAAUUCUAAGACAUUCUGUUUUUCUUAUUUUGUGAGUUUUGCCCUCUGAGUCCUGUAUCUCAUACACCAUCAUCUUCUGGGAAAAGUAUUUGGGAAAAGUAUUAUUAGUAAUCAGUCGGGGUCAAGCAGCAACAUUACUCUUUUCAUAUCUUUUUCCCAUGUAAAAUGAGACUAGUCUGUUUUAAACUUUUCAGUUUAGGAUUGUAUACUAAUGAUAUUUUAGAUUUUUAUAAAUUUGGUUUAAAGAAAAUCUU